UGAAUCGCAAUUUCGAUAUAGGAAUAUUAACAUGCAAAUUAUAACUAAUUCGCACAUGUUUUGAAAAUGAAGGGUGCAUCUAGUACCGAAUUUACAAGUAGAUGUAUUUUACAGUUGUAAAAAUAAGGAAAAAUGAACUAGAAGAAUACAAAACUAUUCCAUUCAGUUAAAAAUAGAAGGUUUCGAUGAAAUUCUGUGGUUGUCUAGUAGAAGGGCGAUAACUUCGUCUGGAUUGAUUUUGGGACAAUAAUGAUUAAUCACUACUGUGAUAUCUGUUAUGUAGAGAUAAUAUUUUGGAUAUCGUCCGGGAUGUCCAAAGUUCACAAUGGCUUCAACAACUACACCAAGACUUCGCAGAAGCAAAAGUGUCUAUAAAAUAGAGGCUAGAAAAGGACUGGAGAGAAAAGAACGAGUUUGGCGUCCAGAUAAACCAAUACACAGACAUGCAGAUUCAUUCUUCAGCACCUCUAGUGGUUUCACCAAUUAUAGAGGUCUGUUGAAUCUCUGUCUCAUAUUAUUGGUUUUAUCGAAUAUGAGAUUAGUUUUAGAAAAUAUUAUAAAAUAUGGUAUUUUAGCUAAUCCUUUUGAUUGGAUUCAUUUAUUUUUAGAACAACCUUAUAGUUGGCCAAAUAUUUUGAUCAUCUUAUGCAUGAAUAUUUUUAUCCUAUUUGCGUUUAGUUUUGAAAGACUCUUUACAAAGGGGUUGUUAUCAGAAAGAUUAGGAGGUGUAUUACAAGCUAUUAAUGUUGCUAUAUUAUUAUUGUAUCCAGCUAUAGUCAUUUAUGUACUACACCCCAACCCAAUAUUUUCUGUGGCGUGUUUAGGUGUUGUUACCAUAGUAUUUUUAAAACUUGUCUCCUAUGCAUGUGUUAAUAAAUGGUGUCGAGAUGAAAUUAAAGAAGACGGCAAAAAAAAUUUUAGAAGAAGAAAAUCUCACAGUGUUUGUGAAGCAAAUGGAAAGAUAGAUAUACAUGGAGAUAUAAAAUCUACUCUUGUUUCUUAUCCAGAUAAUCUGAAUUUAAAUGAUCUGUAUUAUUUUCUGUUUGCACCAACAUUGAUUUAUGAACUCAACUUCCCAAGAUCUGCUAGAAUUAGAAAACGAUUUUUAGUGAAAAGAUUUAUUGAAAUGAUGUUUCUGUCUCAAUUGAUGUUGGCAUUAACACAACAGUGGAUGAUACCAACAGUAAAUAACGCUAUGAAACCACUGGCUGAGUUAGAUAUAUACAGAGUUGUUGAACGACUUCUAAAAUUAGCUAUCCCAAAUCAUUUUAUAUGGUUAAUAUUUUUCUACUGGUUCUUUCAUUCUACAUUAAAUGUGGUAGCUGAAGUGUUAAGAUUUGGAGAUAGAGAAUUUUACAGAGAUUGGUGGAAUGCGGAAACAGUAUCGCGAUUCUGGCAAGAUUGGAAUAUACCAGUUCAUAGAUGGGCAUCUAGACAUCUGUAUAAACCCUUAAUGAGAUGUGGUUGUAGCAAAUUGACUGGUUCUAUUAUGGUCUUCUUUUUAUCAGCUUUUUUCCAUGAGUACCUACUAUCCGUCCCAUUGAGAAUGUUUAAAGUUUGGGCUUUCUCAGCUAUGAUUGGUCAAGUUCCCUUAGCCUAUGUGACUGCUAAAUAUAAAUGUCUACAAGGUACUAUGGGAAAUGUUAUUAUGUGGUUAUCGUUAAUAAUGGGACAGCCUGUGGCUAUAUUAGCCUAUGUUCAUGAUUAUUAUAUCAUCAACUUUGGAACUCUACAUAAUCAAACUAUAUCUGUUGGACAUUGAAAAACUACAUAAUGAAAGACAGAUUUUAAUCUUAACAUCAGAAAGAAUUAUGCCAAAAAUCCGCUCAAAGUACUUUUACCUGAUCAGGGUUAAUACUCAUUUGUGGCAUUCAGGACAAAAUUUGAAGCUUAUGCAGGAUUCAGCGACUAGGCUUCUCAAAUUCAAGAUUUCAGAUAAUGAAUGAAAUUCCAGCGAAUAAAGUACAAUAUUGUGUAAACAAAGAUGUAUAUUUUUCAUUUGAAUUUAGAAAAUUUGUGUCUAUUUCAUAUUUAUAAUUAAGCUCAAAGCUAACAAUGAAUUUAUGCUCAAAUUUGAACUAACAUCGGUCUACUUAAUUAGUCACGAAUCAAAUAGUGAAUAAACUUGAGUUAGUAAUUUAAUAUUUGUAAAUGGUUUAAUUAGUACCUAGUCAGUAUUUAUCCCAUACCAUAUAUAAUAUUAAAACAUGAUUGAAGCUCAAGCCUGUAAAUGUUGCUUUAUUUGCCAAUCAUGUCUGAAUAGAGCUCUAAAUCAUGAUCAAAACUCUUAUCAUACUUUAAUUAACAAUGUAGAAAUUUUUGUGGAUAUCUGAUGUUCAUGAAAAUUUUUUAUAUGCAUUAUGUGUUAUUAUAUUAUCUCACCUGUAAGGAGCCUGUCAGUAUCUCAGUUAUUAUCUGCGUGUAAUAUUUUGAAGAGAUAAAAUGGUAAGUAAUUGUAUACAGGUUUACAAAGUAGAUGUUUUUAUAUUGUUUAUUUCUAUAUAUUUAUCAAGAAUUUGUUUUGAGAUGUAACUCUACUGAUUAAAUAUUUUAUCAUUUAUC